UAUGGGAAGUGAUGUGAAUAAUGUAACCCCACAGCAACAAGGAUUAACAUUUUCCCAAAGUGCGCGUCCUGUGUGUUUGUGGCAAAGCGCGGGAAAAUAGGCGGGGAUUUUAGUUUAGGGUUGUAUCGAAUCACAGUAUCUGCAAAUGAAGGGUGAAAGCAUCAUCGAUCUCGGCGGCGUAAAUUCGUCUUCUGCAGUGGAUCUUACCGAUCAGAUCCACCAGCUUCCUUGCUGCAUCAAGUUCAACGGACCCUCUCCUGUUUCUCACUACUUUAAACCCAAAUCCACUGGCGUUGAGGUGGAUGCUCUGAAUGUGAAGGAGGCUCACUUUAGAGGAAGAAAAUUGCAAGGCACAACUGUUACACUUCCUCAUGGUUAUUCUGGAUUUGUCAUAGGAAAGAAAACACCUGCAAAGAGAAAAGCUUCUGAUACUAAUGGAGGGAUGACAGAUUCUUGGCAGGCGAAUGCGAAGUUCCAAAACAUAACGUUAUGGAAUCAUGAUAAUCUACCAUCAAAAGAAGAUGCUUUCUUGCGUGCGUUUCAUUGGUUUGAUGUUGCAAAAGCAUUGCAUAAACCAGUGACGGCUGACGAUAUGGAGUCUGCGUCUAAUCCUGGAGCUACGUCAACAGACUGACCAGCUAAUCGAUUUUGUUAUUUCAGCAAGAAGUACAUGUACCUUCUUUUACUUAAUUCACCAUUUAAUUAAAACUGUCAUUCGACCUAA